UUAAAAGGUAAAUUCAAAUAUUUUAAUAGAAAAAAGGAUAAGAAAGAUAUAAUUUUCAUAAUGCGUUUAACCUACUUGAACCAAUCCAUCUAUAAAACGGAGUAGAGUAGUAACAGGAACUACAACAACAACAACAACAAAAACAUCGCUCUAAAACUAAGAAAUGGGUCGUAGCAAAAUAGAGAUAAAACGUAUUGAAGAUAUCACCAAAAGGAAAGCGACGUUUUUAAGACGCCGAAAAAGUAUUUUUAAGAAGGCCGAUGCACUCGCAAAGCUGUGGAACGUGGAAGUUGCUGUCUUGGUCAUCUCCCCCACAAAUAUACCGUACACAUACGGUAAUCCAUGCUUCAACGAUGUGGUUGAGCGUAUCCAAAAUCCUAGUGCUUCGUCCAAACUCGAUAGUCUCAUGAAAGAAUUGGAACAAAUCAAAGAGCUUGAGGAGGUUUUAAGGAAGAGGCAACAAAAAAACCGUGAAAAGUCCAAUAUGAAGGGGAUUGUUGAUUUGAAAUUGGAGGACUUAGUUGCUUUCAAGGGGAAACUCGAGGCUCAUCAAGCAGGUUUAAAGAGGAAACAUGUAGAGAUGGAGGAUUUGUCUUCUCCAUCGAUGCUCUCAAAGAAUACGAAGAAGAAGAAGACAAGGACCGAGUCUUCUUCUGGACAGAGCAGAGAAAUGUAUGACUUCGGCCGAGAAUUCCUCGGAACUAUUUAGAAUAACCGUUUAAAAAAUAAAAAAGAUAUAAUUAUUUAUAUCAUAUAAGAUCGAUUAUCGCUUGGUUUUUUU